ACAGAGAUAAAAUAUCGGUCUAUCAUUUUGUUACGGCUACUAAUCUUGCAUGGCUUACGAGUGGCGUACAUAUACUGACACUCUACGCCAUACGCGUUGAAACAAAUGGGGGGUUGAAACAGCACCCUCCGUGGAUCAAGCCUGUUCACGACCAAUCAGACAGGUCUUGUCUGGAAAAAGCUGCGUUAGUCUCGCCCUUGGGGGCAGAUAUGAUAUGUCGUAUGCUUAUACUAGCGGCGUUGUUAUUGUACUGCACCUUCAUUACCGGGGCUGGAGGUUGAUAUUUAUGUCUUUGUAUUACGCAUUCAACUCGGAAGCAUUGGGGGUUCUCCUUUUUGAUGGAGUACUGUGGUUUGGUCUCGGGGUUUGGUGGAUUCAGGCGGAGAGAAUAUAUGUACUCGGUGCAUGGGAGGGAAUGGAAUCAGAAAGCGACAUUGAAGGAGUUAGUCAGCUGCUGUCGCUCCUGAUACUGGGGGUCCAUUUCUUCAGGCAACGCGUACGUAUUACGAGUAUUCGAGAAUAUAUCGCCGAGAGCUUGACCUGUUCCAAGCGGAAGGUGCUUAUGAUAGUGGACGAACGACGGCCGGAGUAUUGGGUCGGGGACAUUACAUGCACAGUGACGACACAGAUGCUCCGAUUCGCUUGGGAUCCAUCACUCCUACAGCAUAUCUAGUAUAGACUCAGACUCGUUUGGGUACUCUCUAGCAAGGUUCGAAACAAGGGUGAGAGGGCUUGUGGAAUAGCGUAGGAGCUGUUUAUGGAGUGGAGUCCAAAGUACCUGGUCAAGUAACACAGGCCCCAUUGUGG